GAGGAAAAUUGAUUUUUUUGCCACAAAACAAUCAGCGCUCGCGAAAAGUUAAAUACACCAUAUUUUAUGAAAAAUCCAAUACCUAGCAUGACCGCAAACGGAAACAGUGCUUUCUCUGGCGUUCGGUGAAGAAGCGUACGUGCGUGCGUGCGUGCUUGCUGGUUGCUGUUGCCUGUUAUCGCUGUUGAACGUGUUUGUUGCCGUGUGGAGUGUGGUGAAAGUACUUGCUGGCGAAGAAUCCCACACACAACGCCGUGGGAAACGACGGCAGCAUCCUCCUUUCAACCAUUUCACUUUUCCAAGCCCCUUCUGGGGUUUUUCCGGGCCAGGAAUCGCAGUUUUAUCGGUGAUUGUCGGACUGUGUUGUUUUAAUAUCGGUUAGAAUCUGUCCACAAUUUUCAACACCUUGUUGUGGUGGUGCAACGUGUACAAGUGCUGCAGAGUUCAUCUUAGUUCCUCUCGUUCGCCAUGGCCAGUCCACGUACACGUCGUGUUCUGAGUGAGCUGAAACCGUCGGACGGAAACAAUAAAUGCUUCGAGUGUGGCACCCAUAACCCGCAAUGGGUCUCCGUGACGUACGGCAUUUGGAUCUGUCUCGAGUGUUCCGGCAAACACCGUGGCCUUGGUGUGCAUCUAUCCUUUGUGCGCUCGGUUUCGAUGGACAAGUGGAAAGACGUCGAGCUGGAAAAGAUGAAGGUCGGCGGCAAUCGGAAGGCGCGUGAAUUUCUCGAAGCGCAGGAUGAUUGGGACGAAACGAUGCCCAUCCAGCGGAAGUACAACACGCGUGCAGCGGCCCUGUACCGUGACCGAAUAAGCACACUAGCCCAGGGCCAACCGUGGGACGAAUCGAGCGCGCUGGCACGCGUGAAGGGGUCGGGUUAUGCCGGUGGCACUAGUGGUGCUUCUAGCAGUGGUCACGGCGCAUCGACCGGCUCGAUGACACAUUCCAGAAGCAGUGGAUCGAUGGGCGGAGGAUACCAGAAUGGGGGCGAUACGUACUACCAGGAUGGGGGAAGCUAUCAGCAGUACCAGACGCCAGAGUUUAAGGCCCAGAAGGAAGAUUUCUUUAGCCGCAGGCAGGAAGAAAAUGCGUCCAGACCGGAAAAUUUGCCACCGAACCAGGGCGGAAAGUAUGCCGGUUUUGGUUACACGAUGGAUCCACCACCAAGAAGUCAAUCACACGAGAUUUUCGAUACGGUUCAAUCGUCGCUUGCUACGGGCUGGAAUGUGUUCUCCAAGGUGGCAAAUGUGGCAAAGGAGAACGCCCUCAAGUACGGGAGUAUGGCAUCACAAAAGGUAGUUGAAGUUUCUAGCACCGUGUCGGAUAAGGUUAAGGAAGGUUCGCUGUUGGAAGGAGUCGGCUCCCAAGUGUCAAACCUAGCGACGAAGGUUACCGAGGUGGGUCGCAAAGGAUGGGGAGGAUUUGGUGCUCCGGGUGGCAGCUACAGCACGCCAUCCGGUAGCAACGAUCAGUACAGCAACAUUUCCUCAGACAGUGGCGUUAGCAGUCCUAUCAAUGGGCGACAGGGUAGUGGGGGAUAUCAGCAACGUGGUUCAUCUGGGUCAGCACGCCGAGAUGAGUCCUGGUCGAAUAACGGUUGGUCUAAUGAUAGUAAUUCCAACAGCUUGCCCCAAUCAUACCAGAACGGUGACAACGAUGAUGACGGUUGGACCGGUUUCGAAUCGUACUCGGGAUCGUCAACCGGCAAAGCUAACGCAUCGACAGAAUUGAUGAAUAAUGUUGACAUGCGCAACGAUAAUUUCGACCGCCAAACAAAGUCCGGUGGUAGUGGAACGCGCCGUACCAGCAGCAAUGGGACGGGCAAACAGUCGACCAAAUCGCCACCUUCCAGUAUCGAUCAGGACUUUGCUGCACUUGAUAUUAAAAGCAACCGGGCACCGAAAGGCACUAGUAGCACUAGCACCACUUCCAAGAAGGCAAAUAAUAACCCAGAGGACGACCUGUGGAACAUGCUGAACAAUUAGGCAAGCCAGAGAUGGAGUGAUAACAAAAAACCCGACUGCUAAACGUCGGAGUUGAUGUGAAUUUUAACGAAUCAUACACUACUGCUACCAGGAAACAAUUGCCAGAUAUGACUUACUGUGGGGGAUUCCCGUUUGACCGUUUCCCCCAUUCCCAUACUACCGAGCAUGUAAUGUGAAUGUGUAAUUCAAUCCAAUGUAUUAUAAGAGGUUCUAAACCGGCCGAUCGACUAUAUCCCGGGAGGUUUCGCUCCUGUUCAGAUCUGGUGGCAACUAGGCGUUAGCGAGAAGAUUAAAGAUAUAGUAAUGGAAAAAAGCAGCCUCUAGAUGGAGAGUGAUCGACAGCGAAGUGUAAUGGUACAGGUAUUGGGAGAGAUAUAUUAUAUUAGAAGGCGAGAAAAGUAGUGGAAUAUAUAUAUACACACAAAUAUUCUA